AAAUAUGGUAAACGCAAAUUCUAGGAAGAAUUGCAUCCCAAUGUUCAAACUGAAGACACAACAACGAAAGAGAGAGUAUAUGAAAUUGGCUCUUCUUGUAGACCUUAAAAAUUGUAAUAAAAGGCUGGGAAAUAAUAAAGAUGAGAAAGCCUUGCUCUUUCCUGAUGACAUUAAUACAAGCUUUAACCAAGGCUUAUUGUCAGUGAAUACCACCUUCAAAUGGAAAAAAGAGCAGAUAAUUGAAGAAGUUGCAAGUAGAAAUCAAAUGCUAACAGAAAAUGAAAGAGCGCCUUGCAACGAAAUAAUCAGCAGUCUGGAAGAGGAUGCUGAGCUUGCAGAUGUGGCCAUGCUCAUUUCACAGCAAAUUCGUGAAAAUAAAGGACAAUAACAUCUGAGCAUAUUAAACUGGCCACUGAA